AUGUCUAAAAGAUCAGCUGAAGAUGACUCUAAUGGUCAUAACAACUUAUCAAUAAAAACCUCAAAAAAUCCAUCAUCACAACCUACCAAUGGACAAGAAACAAGUACGACAGAUGAUAUGGAUGUGGGAGAAUUUGAAGAUCCAUAUGGAGAUGACUUUGAAAGUGAUGAAGAAAUAAUAGAGUUAGAUAAUAAUCAAGAUGAUGAUGGGAACGGUAUGGAAGAAGAUGAAAAUAUGGAUGAGGAACAAACAAAUAAAAAAAUUCAGGAAUUAGAAUUGAAAGAACAACAACGAGAACAACAAGAAAUUGAAUCAUCUAUAUAUUUACCACAUAAAUCAAAACCUUUGGGGCCAGAUGAAGUAUUGGAAGCAGACCCAUCAGUAUAUGAAAUGUUACAUAACGUAAAUUUGCCAUGGCCAUGUUUAACUGUUGAUAUAAUACCUGAUAAUUUAGGUAAUGAAAGAAGAUCAUAUCCUGCAACUGUAUAUUUAGCCACUGCUACUCAAGCUUCAAGAGCAAAAGAUAAUGAAAUAAUAGCAAUGAAAGCAUCAAGUUUGGCGAGGACAUUAGUCAAAGACGAUGACGACGAAGAAGACGAAGAAGAAGACGAUGAUGAUGAUAUGGAUUCUGAUCCAAUAUUAGAUACCGAAAGUAUACCUUUGAAACAUACCACAAACAGAAUAAGAGUUAAUCCACAUGCACAACAAACCGGAGAAUACCUUACGGCAACAAUGUCAGAAUCUGGAGAAGCAUAUAUAUUUGAUUUAUCUGCACAAUAUAAAGCAUUUGAUACACCAGGUUAUAUAAUCCCUAAAUCUUCAAAAAGACCAAUAUAUACAAUACGAGCACAUGGGAAUGUUGAAGGAUAUGGUUUGGAUUGGUCACCCUUAAUAAAUACAGGUGCUUUAUUAACUGGUGAUGUUUCAGGUAGAAUUCAUUUAACAACAAGAACUUCAUCAAAUUGGGUAACUGAUAAAACUCCAUUUUUUGCAUCAGAUUCAUCUAUAGAAGAUAUUCAAUGGUCAACUGGUGAAAGUACUGUUUUUGCAACUGCUGGCUGUGAUGGAUUUGUUAGAAUUUGGGAUACAAGAUCUAAAAAACAUAAACCUGCAUUAUCAGUAAAAGCAACAGAAUCAGAUGUUAAUGUUAUAUCAUGGUGUUCCAAGAUAAAUCAUCUAUUAGCAUCAGGUCAUGAUGAUGGUACAUGGAGUGUAUGGGAUUUAAGAAAUUUUACACAACCAAAUCCUUCUCCAGUUGCAUCAUAUAAUUUCCAUAAAUCUCCGAUAACUUCAAUAUCUUUCAAUCCAUUAGAUGAAUCCAUUAUAGCAGUAAGCUCAGAAGAUAACACGGUAACAUUAUGGGAUUUAGCAGUUGAAGCAGAUGAUGAAGAAAUUUCACAACAAAGAAAAGAAAUUCAAGAAUUACAUGAUAUACCACCACAAUUAUUAUUCGUUCAUUGGCAAAAAGAUGUUAAAGAUGUUAGAUGGCAUGAACAAAUUCCCGGUUGUUUGGUUUCUACUGGUGGUGAUGGAUUAAAUAUUUGGAAAACUAUAUCUGUAUAA